AAGGGGGGAUUGAUAUUUCCUUUAUCAAAUCCUACAAAUUAUCAUGGUAUCAGAGCCUCCUUUUUCACCAUCCUUACUUCUCUAAAUUAAUACUCUUUCAAUGGCUGUUGGUGAGGAAGAUACGUCCACACCUAAAAUGGAUUAUACAUCUCCCUUCUUUUUGGGACCCCAAGAUAGACCCGGAGAUUUUAUUAUACCAGUUCGACUUACUGGAGAUAAUUAUGAAGAUUGGUCAAGUUCUGUUCGGCUUGCUCUUCGUGCUAGACGCAAGUUUGGCUUCAUUAAUGGAGUUAUCAUGGCAAUGGUGCCGCCUUAUACCGGAGAGGAUUGGAUGACAAUACACUCAAUGUUAGUUUCAUGGAUUUUAAACACUAUCUCAUCUGAGGUAAAAUCUACUCUCUCUAAAUUUGAUGAUGCCAAACUAUUGUGGGAUGAUUUGAAAGAACGAUUUUCACUUGUUGAUGGACCUAAAAUUCAUCAAGUCAAAACUGAUAUUUCCCGAUGUGAACAAACUAAAACUCAGACGGUUGCUGCAUAUUAUGGAAAACUGAAGGUCUUAUGGGAUGAGCUUAAUAACUAUGAGCCCUUAAUUAAUUGCACUUAUGGAAAAUGUGCGUGCAAUGUAAAUUCCUUGCAUGAAAAACGACGAGAGUCGGAACGUUUUCAUCAAUUUUUGAUGGGAUUAUCGUCAGAUUUUUAUGGAAAUGUUCGUUCUCAACUUCUCUCCCAAACACCUCUUCCCACACUAAAUAGAGCUUUUCAACAAAUAUCUCAAGAAGAGAGGGUACGGGGCAUUGUACAAAAUAAAGAUAGAGAUAUCCGACCUGAAAUAAUGGGUUUUGCUGUCCGCACCAAUACUCGGGGGAAAAUGAAAAUAGAAAAUAAAUUUGAUAAAACCAACUUUUAUUGUACUCUUUGUAAUAGUCGGGGGCAUGACUUGCAUAGCUGCUUUGAAAUAAUUGGUUAUCCAGACUGGUGGGGCACACGGCCCAAAAAUAAUUCUCAGACUGGGAAGAAAUUUGCUAUGCGUUUACUUGAAACUUCAGGAAACAAGCCACGUUAUUUACAAAGUGCACCUGGACGGGCAGAAUUUCCAGCACGGAAACCAGCAGCUCGAGCCCAUGCGACUGCUGCAGAAGGUGGGAGCAAGUCUGGAGACGUGUCAGGUGAAGGACACAAGUUUGCUGCAUCUGGAGGACCAUCCACGUACAUGACUGCAGCAGCUGGAGGUACAUCCACGUACUCAACCAACGUGCCUCCUGCGCAGCAACUUGCACCGAUACCAAACCUCUCUUUGGACCAAUGGCAGGCGAUUGUUGCAGCUCUCGGUAGUCCUAAUGCUUCACCUUACAGAAUGUCUGGACCUUCAAUCGAGGAAAGUGAUUGAACUGGGUGAGCGACAGGAUGGACUUUACUAUUAUCGUAUCAAUAAAACCGUACCCACACUUCAAAUCCACAGUGUAACUACUCCUAUGGAUCUAUGGCAUCAACGUUUAGGACAUCCAUCUGAAAAUGUUGUACAGUGGUUAUUUCCUGAAAAUGUUCCGAAGAAGCUUCUUUCUAGCCCGUGUGAAAUAUGUCAAGGCGAAACAAACUCGGAACCCUUUUCCUUUGAGCACAAAUAAAACUACCAGAAUAUUUGAACUUAUUCAUUGUGAUGUUUGGGGUCCGUAUAAUACCCCUUCUUCUUGUGGUGCUAAAAGUUUCUCUACAAUAGUUGAUGAUUUUUCGCGUGCUGUUUGGGUAUAUUUGCUGGUUGAUAAAACAGAAGUUUAUGAUAUGUUUAUGUCUUUUGUAGCAAUGGUUGAUCGUCAAUUUUCGAG